AAAAUUCGUAGCUGGCUGCCCUGUGUCCACCCAGCGGACUACUGGCCAUGGAGCCGCGCACAGGGGACGCCGCGGACCCUAGGGGCAGCAGAGGAGGCCGCGGCCCCUCCCGGCUCGCCGGCCCCAGCGCCCGGCAGCUCCUGGCGCGGCUGGACGCGCGCCCCCUGGCGGCGCGAGCUGCGGUAGAUGUGGCGGCGCUGGUACGCAGGGCGGGCGCCACAUUGCGCCUGCGCCGGAAGGAGGUUGUUAGCGUGCUGGACUCUGCGGACAUAGAGGUCACAGAUAGUCGCCUGCCUCAUGCCACUAUUGUGGAUCACCGGCCCCAGGUCGGGGACCUUGUACUCCACAUCAACGGAGAGUCAACGCAGGGCCUCACCCAUGCCCAGGCCGUGGAUCGGAUCCGAGCUGGAGGCCCCCAGCUCCACCUGGUUCUUCGUCGGCCUCUGGAGACCCACCCUGGCAAGUCUCGAGGGGUGGGAGAGCCCCAAAAAGGAGUUGAUCGCAGCCCAGAUCCUGGAGGGCCGGAGGUAACGGGGUGUCGCAGCAGCAGCAGCACUUCCCCAGUUCAGCACCCUCCAUCCCGGACGACGCUCAAGAAGACCCGGGGCAGCCCAGAGCCUAGUCCAGAGGCGGUCGCCGAUGGCCCCACGGUUUCUCCUCCUGAGCGCUGCACUGAGGAUCCCAACGACCAGAUCCCGGGUUCCCCGGGGCCCUGGCUAGUGCCCAGCGAGGAACGGCUCUCGCGGGCCCUAGGGGUCCGGGGGACAGCGCAGCUCGCUCAGGAGAUGGCAGCCGGAAGGCGGAGGCACUGAGCCUACCUCUGACGGCGCGGGGCUCACUAGUUACCGCCCAACCUGGAUCUGGCGCGUGUGGCCGCCGGGCACUUGGCACUUCCCCGAGAGCUUCCACUUGGUCUGGUCCCCCCUCCCGUUGCGCAGUGGCUCUGCCCGCACUCCCCUUGCAGCGUCAGUGGUACGACCCUUCCAGCCCGGCUAGCCUGCGCUUCUGGUUCUGGGAGGGAGAGGUAAUAAAAUGGUUCGAUCUGGUCUUGACUUGCCAGGCGCUCGAGGCGGGGUGGGGCUGCCCAGGCCACUCUGUAAAGGAGCAGGUGGGUUGAUCCUGCUUCGAGUAAUCGCUAACUAGCUUCAUGCUGCUGCUUUCCUGCUUGCACAUGGAUCUUUGCUUCCGCUGGUCCUCAGCCUGGCGUGGUUUGUUUUUCUCUUCCCCGUCUCCUGCUCCUCUCCUUAUUCAUCAAUUUCACCUUUUUGGAGGUGUACAGGGUCUCACACAUAAAUUAUUCUGCAUGGCAUGGAGAAUGCAGAGGUGAGCCUGUCGUGGCGGGACUGCACCAAUGUAUCCACAGUCCUGUCUCGGAAUCAUCCAGACCCUCAACUGACGUCGGGAUAGCAAGGCUAGAAGCCUAGAAGCAGGGCGGCUUCCUUCGCCAGGGACCUCUGGUCUCCCAUUUCCGGCCUAGUCUGCCAGCUUUUGCUGGCACAUAGGCUACCACUCUCCGGGCAUCGGCUGGGGCCCUGGAUCCCCCUUUGGGGCGGAGCGGGGAAGGUGUGAGUCAGCGCCCCUGGGCGGGCCGGGCUAAAAAAGGUUGUUAGAACCUUUGGGCCGUGCCCCCAUUUUCCGUACAUGGUGAAGAACUGCAGCCGGGCUUGUGUGCACUCGCCACAUACUGGGCGUUCCCCGCACGGGAGAGGCCCAGAGUUUCCUUCACCCUGCGAACAGAGCCCCGCAGCCAGGGCUUAUAUGGCCAGCGGGACUCCAACCGGGGUAGCCGCAAGGAAGGCACUGGCAGAGGACAGAAAUGUCCAGUCACCUCCGCUGUCACCACAUCCUGAGCACUCAGCCCCAUCCCCCGCCCCAGGAGGGAAGCUGUGGUCUGACGGAAUAGGCAACUUUCGCCCCUGUGGGGAGGGGACGGGGAAGGAAGAAAUAAUUUAAAGGAUCCGAGUGCGAGAGUCCAGGUGGCCUUGGAGAGGAAAGAGGAACGGCGAAGACAAGCUGCGAGCUGGAGAGUGAAGAGGUGAACACUUGAGUGGUUAGAGCUGUAGAUAGACAUUGUGGGGAAGUGUGCCAGGGUGGCUUCCAGCUACCCCUGACUUAGAGCCUGGUGGAGAUGUGGUUCUUCAGAAGUUAGCAUAGGGCUCAAGAGCCCCAGUCCUAUAAAUACAGUCACACCCAAGAGACUAAUAAUAGUAACCCCGGCCACCAUGUACUUAGUUUUAUCCCUGCUACUGGCUCUAUUGCAAUAUUUAUUUUCAUCUACAAUAGUUGCACAUCUACUCAACAAUCCGAAUAUGUCCAUUUCACAGAGGAGGAAAGUGAGGCCCAGGGAGUGCAGAUAGCUUGAGAGAGGAGGAUCAAAGCAAGAUUUAAUCAAGGCCUGAUUCCCAAGUCUGUCCUCUUAAUUUCACCUGCAUUGAAACCCAACUGUAUACAUUGCACUGUGCUAGGUACUGUGGAGAUGCUGGAGGAACAAGACAUACAAUUUGUCUUUGUGUAGCUGAUGUAUGUAAUGAGGGUAGACAGAUGUCAGACAAA